AAAUAGUGACGUUGACAUCUGCGUAUUAGUUAUUACUGGUUUUACUAGUUGAGAAAAAAUAGAAUAAUGUAAGCAAAGAAACACUAAUGUCAAAAUUCAGUAAAACUAAAGAAAGUAUUAUUGUUAUUAAAAGUAAAAUUUAAAAACAUCAGGGAAAAAAUAAAUAUACAUAUUUAGCUAUAUAUGUAUAUUGUAUAUAUUAUUUUUUAUUGAAAUUACUUAUUUUGUGGAGCUAAAACCGAAUUUUAAAUAUGGUAUUUCGUCACCAACCUUUCCAAUACCCACGAAAUUGCAGCUUAAAAGAUCAAGUUGAUAGCGUUGAACACGAUUUGCUACAUUUAGGAAAUAAAAUUCGUGGACUUGAAGAUGCAUUGGACAAUCCCAAUAUUGACCCAACAAUAGUCGCUAUGUUAGAAGAUGAAAUAUUAGUGCUGAAAGCUGAAGUUGAGAAACAUAAACAAAACGUUAAAACCUUGCACAAAGACAGAUCUAAACAGAUAGGCAUAGUUACCAUUCUAAUAUUUAUUAUAUUGAUAGUAUUCACUAUGUACAGACUGUUUUAUGCUUGGUAUUAAAAUAAUAUUCAACAUCAAUGUAUACAAAUGUACUGCAGUGUAUAUAUACUGCGAAUAAAAAAUUUCAA